AUGACUGAAACUGGUCACGGUGAUAGUGCGCAACGCAUUUUACGAAUAUCGGAUAUUACCAAAGAACCCAAUGAAAUGCUGAUGCCUAUCAGUGGAUACGAAGAAAUGCCGAUUGUUCCGCUCGAAAUAGCCGUCGAACCUCUUGUUUCUCUAUUACCUGCUGUUCAAAGUUAUGCGUAUGCUGCCAAAGAACGAUGUAAAAAUCCACCACCAGAUGGUUUGACCAUCGACGAAUCGGCUUCGAUUAUGCUUUAUACAAUGGGAUGGAAGCCACUUGAUAAAUGCCUUUAUGUUGCAUUGAAUGCGAAUCUUCGAUCGCAAGAUAGAAACAAACUCGAACCGUGGUUUCUUUAUCUCAAACUCUUUCUCACGGCUUUAUCACAACUUCCGUCGCAACAUCAGUUUCUUUUUCGCGGAGUCAAAUCAGAUUUACAUCGGAGCUAUCCAGAAGGUAGAACAAUUUUUUGGUGGGGCUUUUCUUCUUGCACUGUCUCCGUCAAGGUUUUACAAUCGGAACUAUUUCUGGGUACCAAAGGAACGAGAACAAUGUUUACGAUUGAAUGCGAUUCCGGAAAAAACAUACAAAAACAUUCCUAUUAUCCAAAAGAAGACGAAAUGCUACUUCUCGCUGCGACACAAUUCACCGUCGUGGGUUGUCUAGAUCAAGGUAACGACCUUCAUACGAUUCAACUUAAAGAAACAAAACCAAAGUAUCCACUUCUACAGCCAAUAUCGAUCCUUUCUCAGUGGACAGCAACAUCUCCACGUAAGAAGAGAGCAUUCUAUUUCGAUUUUCGUGUUCUCCAUUUUGCCGAACGUUGA